GAUUCAUACCACUGAGAAAAAAAAGUCAAUUUCUCAAGAACAGUUGCAGUUAAUAAUACAGCAGCAGCAGCAGAUGUUAGCUUCUCAACAACAACUCAUGGAAGCACUUUUGGCAAAAAUGUCUAUUCAACAAGAUAUUUCAGAACUUAAAAGCAUAGAGUCAUAUCUUAAUCCAAUUCCAGAAUUUAUUUUCGAUGCAGACAGCGGUCACACUUUUGAAGCCUGGUUUGGCAGAAUUGAAGAUAUUUUUCGAGUAGAAUUUGCUGCUAUGGUGGACGCAAAGAAAGUCCGGUUGCUUUUACAGAAGCUUGGUCCUAAUGAGCAUCAGAAGUAUAAAAACCAUAUCCUGCCUAAACAUCCACGAGAGAUUAGUUUCGAUGAAACUGUUAACAUUUUAAAUAAAAUGUUCGGUGAACAGAUGUCUCUAUUUCGUAUCCGGUAUAAUUGUCUACAACUGACUAGAGAAGCUGAUGAGGAUUAUACUACGUAUGCCGGAAGAGUAAAUGUACAAGCGGACACAGAUUAACAAUUGGCGACGGGGACAAAAAAAGGUCAGUUUGUAAUUGUUCGAAAAUCAGGCAAUCAUUUGGUGCAAUCAGCAUCCAACAUUCUUUUUGGUGUCCGUGAAUGCCAUUUUGUCAUUAUUCAUACAGUGAAAAAUGACGCUCCCUUCCGAUCGAUUACAGUUGCUAUUUGACCGACAUUUGGAGUUCAUGUUCAAACUACGCACACAGCUUCUGGAUCACCAAUUCUUUGCAUAUGCGUCGGAAGUGGAUGGAUUAAUCACAGAAUUUCACGCAAAGCUGGAAAAUGAUCGCAGCCUCCAUGAAUCCUCGACCAGCCGCAACUCAAACGAAACAGCAGUCUCGCAGAAGACGCCCGGUUGUCCAUCACUACCCAUUUCAGAAACGUGCCCGGUAGUGGAUUCAAACCCCACUAUUCCUGAAUUAGCAGGUCCGAACAGUGACGCUUUGAGCUCUCAUCAACAUGAUGCCAUGUCAACCGCCCAAAAAGUACCAGACAUAAUAUCGAGCAGUACACGGAGCGAAUCGCAUUCUGCAAUAGAAAUUUUUACCGAAUCUAAUGAUAAAGAUUCCCAAGCUUGUCCAGAAAAUUUGUUACAUGCAUCAAAUCUGGAACCUAGCGCAGUUUUGGUGGACGCUGUUUAUCAUAGUGAUCCACAACCUGCCAGUGAUGUUUGCAAUAAGUCUAAUGACUACAUUUCUGCAGAAUCAAAUUCUGACCUCACAUCAAAUGUCGAUCCUCACCAUCCAGUUAAUCUUAGCAGGUUCCCUAUUGAAUGCCAGAAACAUGUUAUAAAUAGAAUCGCAUUAAUAGAAACUUGGGUAUAUGAGGAUCCAACACUAUUUCGUGGGGGAGGAGGAGCUCGAAUUUCUCAAAAAGGGGAGGUGUUAUAUCCCCUGGUGAAUUAUGAAUGGUAACUCUAAGGACUAUUUAUCGACCAAUGUAUUAUGCGUAUUUCCUAUUGUACAAUUGUUACGUAACUAAACGAUUCAUAUUUGUGUUUCUCUUAUCGUGAGCUUUAUUUUGAUCUUUGAUUUAUUAUCAUACGAUUCUUGAGUUAUACUCAGUUAUUGAUUACUUUGGUUUGUAUAAAAACCCAUUAUGUUUGUAAAUAAUGAUUCAUACCACU